AGCCUUCGCGGAAGUCAAGCACGGUGAUGGUGGCGGCCUCGUCAGCCUAGCAUCAGGAAGAGGAUGUUUGCGUCAAGAAAAUGGAUGAUAGUACCUGCUUAUAAGCCUUUAUAACAAAGUUGAACACCCUUAGAGUUUAACUAUUUAACCUGCUGGGGGUUUUCAGAUAGCAAAUUCCCUUCCGUGCCAGCCGCCCUCUGUAAGUCUGAAGCAGGGCGCUGGAUAAAAUGUCCCUGUUCCAGUCGGCACUGGAUUUCCUAGCCGGGCCAGGCUCGGUCGGGGCUGCCAGUCGGGACCAGAAUGAUUUCGUCGGGCAAGUCGUUGAGCUCGGUGACAUGAAACUGAGGAUCAAGAGGGUGAUCGCAGAAGGUGGGUUUGCCUUUGUGUAUGAAGCCCAGGACAUGAGCGGUGGUAAAGACUAUGCCCUCAAGAGGUUGCUAUCCAACGAGGAAGAGAAGAACAAGGAAAUCAUCCAGGAAGUCUGCUUCAUGAAAAAGCUGUCGGGUCAUCCCAACAUGGUUCAGUUCUGCUCUGCUGCCUCCAUCAGUAAGGAGGAGUCUGACACUGGACAGGCCGAGUUCCUGAUCCUCACUGAGCUGUGUAAAGGUCAGCUGGUGGACUUUAUAAAGCGGGUCGAGCAGAGGGCUCCGCUGUCAUGUGACACAGUCCUGAAAAUCCUCUACCAGACGUGCCGCGCCGUACAGCACAUGCACAAACAGAAGCCUCCAAUCAUACACAGAGACCUCAAGAUUGAGAACCUCUUGAUUAGUAACCAGGGCACCAUCAAGCUGUGUGACUUUGGCAGCGCCACCACAGUGUCACAUUACCCUGACUACAGCUGGUCAGCACAGAAAAGGUCCAUGGUGGAGGAUGAGAUCACAAGGAAUACCACUCCUGCGUACCGAACGCCAGAGAUGAUCGAUCUCUACUCCAACUUCCCCAUCAAUGACAAACAGGACAUCUGGGCUCUAGGGUGCAUCCUCUACCUGUUGUGUUUUAAACUGCACCCAUUCGAGGAGGGGGCCAAGCUGCAAAUCGUCAAUGGAAAAUACUCCAUCCCUCAGAACGACGUCAAGUACACUGUGUAUCAUGACCUCAUACGUUCCAUGUUGAAGGUGAACCCUGAGGAGCGUCUGUCUAUAACAGAGUUGGUCAACCAGCUCCAAGAAAUAGCAGCAGCACGCAACGUAAACCCCAAGUCUCCCAUUACAGAGCUUCUGGAGCAGAAUGGAGGGUUCGGCAACAACGGAGCCCAGCCGCCCAUGCAGAUCCACAACGUCCAAAACAAUGCAGGUAUAUAUGAUCCUGAUCAGUCGGGCAGUGGCCUCUUCGAUAUCUUAAGGGGAGGAACGGAGCGCUUUUUGACCAACAUCAAGGACACGUCCUCUAAAGUCAUCCAAUCAGUAGCAAGCUAUGCCAAAGGGGACCUGGAUAUCUCGUACAUCACCUCCAGAAUAGCAGUCAUGUCCUUCCCAGCAGAGGGGGUGGAGUCAGCGAUAAAGAACAACAUUGAGGACGUCCGUCUGUUCCUGGAUUCCCGCCAUGCUGGUCAUUAUGCAGUGUACAACCUCUCCAAACGAUCAUACAGGCCUUCUCGAUUCCACAACAGGGUUUCAGAGUGUAACUGGCAAGUGCGCCGUGCUCCCAACCUCCGCAGUCUCUAUAGUGUGUGUAAGAACAUGCAUCUAUGGCUCAAACAAGACCAAAGGAACAUCUGUAUAGUACACUGUCUGGACGGCAGGGCAGCAUCAGCAGUAGCAGUUUGCUCCUUCUUGUGUUUCUGUCGCCUUUUCACCACAGCUGAGGCUGCUGUCUACAUGUUCUCCAUGAAACGCUGCCCACCUGGAAUAGCACCCUCACACAAGCGGUAUAUAGAGUAUAUGUGCGACAUGAUGGCGGAGGAGCCCAUCAUCCCCCACAGCAAGCCCAUAGUCAUUCACUCCAUCGUCAUGACACCCAUGCCGCUGUUCAACAAGCAGCGUAAUGGGUGCAGGCCGUUCUGUGAAGUUUAUGUCGGAGACGAGAGAGUCCUCACCACAUCACAGGAAUACGACAAGAUGAAGGAUUUUAAGAUUGAGGAUGGGAGAGCAGAGAUUCCCCUCAAUGUGACAGUGCAAGGAGACGUACUGGUGGUGAUCUAUCAUGCAAGGUCUACACUGGGAGGACGUCUUCAGGCCAAGAUGGCAUCCAUGAAGAUGUUCCAGAUCCAGUUCCACACAGGCUUUGUCCCCAGAAAUGCAACCACUGUAAAGUUUUCCAAGUAUGACUUGGACGCCUGUGACAUCCAGGAGAAGUACCCAGACUUGUUUCAGGUCAACCUUGACAUCGAGGUAGAACCCAGGGACAGACCCAGCGCAAAGACCCCUCCUUGGGAGAGCUUCCAAACCAAAGGCCUCAACCCUAAAAUCCUUUUCAGCUCUCGUGAUGAACAGCAGGAGAUCCUCAGUAAAUUUGGGAAGCCUGAGCUGCCCCGUCAGCCAGGUUCAUCCGCAUUUUAUGAUUCAGAAACCUCACAACCAGCGCAGACCCCUGAAGGUUCCACUGUAACAGAACCGGAAUCUCCCAUGAGCCCAGAUAGCAACGCUAACAACUUCUUCCAGACACUGGAUUGGGAAGAUGUGCGUGGCUCUCAGGAAGGCAGUCAAGGAGGGGGGUCCAUGAAUGACCAAGAGGACCUGAGUGAUCAGUCUGAAGGAGAGUCCUACUCGUACUCUGCUCCUGGGGGAGAGCCGCUGUCACGUGACCCAAGUGAACCGCUGUUUGAUGCUGACUUCCAGAGCCCUCCUCCGGCAGCCCUGGAUUCUCCCAUUGGUGACACAGCUGACCUCUUGGGCUUGAACGCUGACCCUCAACCUCCCUCCUUGUCAUCAACCUCCUCCUCUGCUCCUCAACAAGGAGUCCAGGGAGGAAUGAAAGGUGCAUCCAGCAACAGCGACCUCCUUAACGACCUGUUUGCACCCCCUGGUGGUCAAACAGGAGCUGUGCAGGAAGACUUGUUCUUCAGUGGGCCUACUAGUGGGGCCACACCUGACCCAAAACCCAUGGGAGAUCUGUUUGAUCCAUUUGGAAUGGGGUCUGCCUCUGGGGUUGGAUCUAGUGUGGGUUCCUCUCGGCAGGCCUCUGGACCGGACUUGUUUGGAGACUUGUUGGGUUCUGAUAGUUCAGCCACCAGCGGGUUCAGCUCAGCCCACAGUAACGCCACUCCUGCUUCUAACACGAGCCUCUUCAACCUCAAUAAGAUAGUGAAUGAUGCCCCUAAGAUGACAUCGUCAGCUAGCCAACCAGAUCUGCUGGGUGGCUGGGAUAGCUGGGCAGCUGGCACCACGGCUAGCAUGAGUGCCACCACAAGCAAACAGAACUACACCAAUACAUCUUCUGGUAUGUCAUCCAUGUCCAAGGCCAAGUCUCAGACCUUUGAUCCUUUUGCCGACUUAGGAAACCUGGGAUCCAAUUUACCAGGUUCCUCCAGCGGUAACUUCUCCGGGCCUUCUUUCAACACAAAGGCUCCUUCUUCCUCUACUUCUUCCUCUGCUAAGCCUCAAGCCCAGCCCUGGCAGUCUGGAAGACCCACACCAGCCCAGAGCAAACCGUGGAUUCAUGGAUCAGGAUCUGGUACUGCACCCAAAGCAUCCUCAGUGUCUCAGCCGGGAGGAGCACAGCCCACCAAACCCAAUUACAACCUUAACUUCUCCAGUGUCAUCGGUGGCAGAGAGGACAGAGGGGUCCGUGGUCCUGGGUUUGGCCCCAAGCCCAAGGUAAAGGAGGACGACUUUGAGGACCUGCUAUCCACUCAGGGUUUUGCCUCUAAGUUUGAUAAGAAGGGACCAAGAUCCAUCGCUGAAAUGAGAAGACAAGAGAUCACAAAAGACAUUGAUCCGCUCAAAUUACAGAUUUUGGACUGGAUUGAGGGGAAGGAGCGAAACAUCCGAGCGCUGCUGUCAACCCUGCACACGGUGCUGUGGGAGGGAGAAACCCGCUGGAAGACUGUGGGCAUGGCUGACCUGGUUACGCCUGACCAGGUGAAGAAGUACUACAGGAAGGCUGUGCUGAUUGUCCACCCUGAUAAGGCUACAGGCAAGCCUUAUGAAGAUUAUGCUAAAAUGAUCUUCAUGGAAUUAAACGACGCCUGGUCAGAGUUCGAGAACCAGGGAUCCAAAGCCCUCUUCUGAAAAAAAGAAAACCUUUGGUCUGGACCCAUCCAGACCAGACUGGACUGGAUUCUGUCUAACUAAACAAGAGUUAGACCGGGCCAGUUUGGACAGGACUGAGCCCACAUUGGGCCUUAAGGGGUGCAGAGCCUCUGAGAGGUGUCCUCUCUACCAUUCCCUUCACUCCCUCUGUCCCUGUUUAGUUUCUUCUGUCCACACAGUAAAGGAAAAAAAAAAGACCUUUUGCCUCAUGCCUGGCUGUGGUGAAAAGUCCCUCAGUGGUUGAAAAACAGCCAGGUAAAUAAACAUUGUGUUAGCUCACUGCCUACCUGUACCAAUGCCUGAGUGGUGCUGCAAACAUCAGGAGGGUGGAAUGAGUGACAAUCACAUGAAGAAGACGAGAGAAAUCAGAUAACACAAGGACCUUAAAAGUGACCAAUGUGAAUAUUAUGACAGUGAUAAAAAGAAAAAAAAAAAGAUUUAACAACCCUACACUAAUAAACUGCUGGUAUAUUUUGGCUCAUAGGUCGUCAUUUCUGCCUGGCACGUUUGCAGACAAUAAGUCAUUCAAAAGAAUGGAUAAAAAAAACAAAAAAACAGAACAUCUUGUAAUAAUCUUGUAAAUCUUUCAGCAUGCCAGCAACAAAUGGAAGUCUACAGUUAUUUGAAUGUUAACAUUUUGAAGCUUAGUUGCCUCAUUGAAUAGCUGAUAAAUGUUGGAACACACCAACCACAGCAACAAACGGACAAUAAAAACUUCUCUUGCAGAAAAAGGACUGAAAUAAAUGGAAGUAGAUCUACUGAAAAUACCACACAAUACUUGCAAUGGUUGGGUUUGCUCCUGAGCCUGUUUAUCUCCAAAAAGACAAAGACUAAUGCCUGCUGAACACUACUAGUGCUGCUUCUAUAAUUAUUGUUCUAUCUGCACACACACAGACACACAAACAUACACGCUCCUCUGACCGCGGUCCAAAUCUGCAUCCUGAACUUCUUCUAAAGGAGCUGAACUUUUUUUCGAAGCCCUGUAUAAACCUAAACCAGACAGUCUGUUGUUGUUGAAGUGCUCUUUGAAUUCCACCCACUCAGGCUUUACUGUGUAGCUAACUGCAUGCUCUCCUACGCCAAACCUCUACACAACAGGAGGGAGGUGUGUUUGAUUUCAAACCAGGGUAGUCCAAACAGGGCAGGGUCUAUUUUUUAUUUUAUUUUUAAGUGCUCUUUUUCUUGUAGCAGAAACAAAGAAAAGUCUACCUGCCUGAUUACGCUGCGUUGCAAACUCGACAUGUCUUCACAGCGCUUUCAAUCAUUCCUCAUCAGCCUCAUCAUUAUUAACCUCUCUCUGUGUCUCUGAAAGCCCCGCCCACCUCCAGCGCAGACGUCAUUGGACUGUCUUUUUGACAGUGCAUAGGAGGAGAUCAAAAAGUGAAGGAAUGAAAAGAGAAUAUGUUAUGAUGCUCUUGGUUUUUAAUUUUUCUUGUAUUUUUUUUCUGGGUUAAUUCUUUAAGCUUUGGGGUUUUUUUUGUUAAUCAUCACUUCAUUGUAAAUAUGAAAUCCUUCAAGUGGCUUUAAGAUUACAGCCUGAGCGAAUGAUUAGUCAGUGAGCUUGUAAUUGGCUGCCUGAGUGUGUGUGUGUGUGUGUGUGCGUGCGUGCGUGCGUGCGUGUGCGUGUGUGUGUAGGGAAAAGAAUACUGAUUUGUUUUUUGGCAUCAUGCUUCCUUGUCCGCAUUCACUAUCUUUUUCUUUCUAAAUUUCACACUUAUUUUUCACGACGUGUUGUGUUUCCCAAAACUUUCCAACUUUUGCGCUAUUCUUAUCACGUUACCUCAUGGACCAAUCAAAUCACCUGUUUUUUUUUAAAUUUUAUUUAUUAUGUUUUUUUUUCUGGGAGGGUUGGGGGUUAUAAUGACAUGUAUUCAUGCAUAUAAAUGGCACAAGUGAAAAAAUGGUCAGAUAAUAUAUAAGUGAAAUGUGCUGAGUGCAAGUGGGACAGUUUGAUCACAUUGAGCCUCUUUGUUGCUGUUUUUCAUUCCAAAGCGUCUAUUAUUAAUACGAAUGUGCUUUUACAAAUAUAAAUAUAUAUAUCCUCUUUGAUGUUAAGCAGUAUGUGUUUCUCAUUUGUCUGUUCGGUCUGUCUUUUUGAUAAGUUUUUGUUUCUUUUCUCUCUUUGCGACAGAACCGAAGUGUUUCUCUUCUGUAUUUGCUUUUUGACACCUUGUUAAAAUUCCAAGUCGAGGGGCCAGUUAACCUGAGUAAGGAAGAAAAAAAAGAAUUGGACUGAUGCUCGAGUUUCGAUUGAAACUCCUUUGACAGUAUGAUCACAGUAUAGAGAAGGAUUGCAAAACUACAGUGUUUACUGUACCAAAUUACAUCAUAACUAAUAUGAAUGUAGAUUUCAGUGCAAAAAGAAAAUUAAAAAACCUUUGAUCUGU